AAUCUACGGAACACGAAAAUGUCAUCAACACAAAUAAAUAGCAAACUUGCAUAUUCCACUAUAAUUAUCACUCUGAUUGGUGUUACGAUAAUGGCGUCACAAAUCCAUACGAGCAUAGCCUGGCACUUAGCACAGACUGGCCUGACUGAAUCCUAUCGCGUGCGCCAUCUUUCGCUGCAUUAUUUGCGUGUAUUCCUUUGUAUUAGCGUCGAUAGCGAACUAUUUCCGACGUUGAUCGCAACCAAAUGGCCUGAAAGAUAUGUGCCGCUACAAAGUACGAUUUAUCCACACAUAUAUGCGCACGCUAAUGGUAACAGAAGUGAUUGUGAUUUAAUACAGAAGGCUAUUUGGACGCAAGUGGAUAAUUUGGGGCGACUGUGGGUGUUGGAUGCCGGAUGGGAGGAAAUGGAGUCGGAAAACGCGAAUAUGUGUCCACCAAAGUUGUUGGUUUAUGACUUAAUUCGGAACGAUGCUGAGGUAUUGCGAAUUGAUUGCGGUCGCUACUUAACACCAAAGGAUGCAGAAAAUUUGGUUAUCAAAUUGGGUCCCCCUCCUGAACUUUGCAAGGUUGAAAAAUAUGUCUACUUUCUACGUCCAGAUGACGCACACAUACUCGCCUACGACAUAAUUGAACAGAAGUGGCAGCGACGCGCGCUAAAUAGUCGGAAGUUCCAAGGCAUCAUCGAGACACCAUUUCCAAUUAAACCAAUUGACAUCGCAUUCGGUCAGCAACGUGAACUACUUUUCGCCGAUGCGGAUGGCAAGUUAUAUGCAACACCAAAUUCACAACUGAAGAAGAAGUUGAAUAACGCUCUCAAACUAAAUUCAAAUAAAAUCGCAAAAGAAUUCACCGAACAGCAAACGCAACAUGAAGAGGUGGUGGAGGUGAACGACAAAUCGAAUACUAUUGAGCUAGAGCUGCUAGGCAGCUUGUUGGGCCCCAGCAAGGGAAUGAUGGUAGAUAGCCGUACGGGAGCACUCUUCUAUGCAGUGCCUAAGUUUGGUGCAAUUGUGCGUUGCGACUACCAUCGCAACUUAACUGCAGAAGACAAUGAGAUCGUUUACUUCACUUCAAAGAACAUUAAACAAAUUUUCUUUGGCAUAGAGGGAGCAGUUUGGUUGCUGACAGACCGUGUGCUACAGCCGGAUGAUCAUUGUUUUGCGUAUUUUUGACCCGCUUGAAGACAUUUUCUAAAAAUAGCUAAUUACACGGUGCGACA